CUUUAUCACUUUCAGCAACAGAUGACACAAGCUUUCGCCGUACCUGGGACAAACAAGAAUACGAACAGUAUGCACAAGAUCGAGCUCGUCGUAAACAACGGCUAGAAGAGGAGGAAGAGCGAAAACCGCGCACAGAGAAAGUUGUGCUCGAUGCUAACUUGAAUAGGACCCAGUUGGUUCAAAGCACUAGUAUUGCUUCGAAACAACUAGGAUAUUAUUGUAAAGUGUGCGAUUGUGUGGUGAAUGAUAGUGUCAAUUAUUUGGAUCACAUUAAUGGAAAAAAACGUGAUGAGAAUAGAAACAUGAAGGAUUGGUUUAUGACAAUACUUAAAUUUUUAUUCCCUUUUCAUAAAGUUCAAAGAGCAUUAGGUCGAAUUAUGAAAGUAGAGCGUAGUACAUUGGAUCAA